AUGGCAGCAAAGACUGCCAUCGACACUAAAGCAGAGGACACAAGGAAAAAUCUACUUCACAAGUUCUUCAAAGGCAUCAUCCACGACAGAGACCCAAAGGAUGAAACUGUCAAGGUGAAGGAGGAAGCCAAACCAAAGUUCUACGGGACGGUGACUCCGUAUCCAAACUUCAGUGCCAGCAGUGAUGCAUCGACCCUUCAGAGCGCCAUCCAAAAGGUGGAUGUGGAUGUGAUCGUUGCCAUUCUGGUGAAGAGGAACAACGAGCAGAGGCAGAAAAUUAAAGCCGUUUACGAAUCGUCCUCUGGAAAAAAUCUGGUUGGAUCCCUGAAGCCGGUCCUCAGGUCCGAUUUGGAGGACGUGGUUCUGGCUCUGCUGAUGCCUCCAGCUCAUUUCGAUGCCUUCCUGCUCAGGAGAGCCACCAAGGGUCUGGGGACAGACGAGGACGUCCUGGUCGAGGUUCUGGCCACCAGAUCCUACGCAGAACUUCAGGAAAUAAAGAAAGUCUUCAAACAAGAGUACCAGAAGGAGCUGGAGCAGGUGAUUAAGGAUGAGACCAGCGGUGACUUCACCGCGGCGCUGCUGGCCAUGCUGAACACCAAGAGAGACCAGAACACUGUGGUGGACAUGGAGCUGGCCAGAAAGGACGCCAAGAUUUUGUUUGAAGCUGGUGAAGGCAUCGGAAAAGCAAACGUGUCGACCUUCAUCAACAUCCUGACCACGCGCAGCGGCCCGCAGCUUUCUAAAACGUUCCAGCAUUAUGCUGCCAUCAGCGACCUGACGCUGCCUAAAGCCCUGCAGUUGGAGCUGAAGGGAGACAUCGAGGAUUGCCUCAUCGACAUCGUGAAAUGCGCCUGGAACACACCGGCUUUCUUUGCUGAGAAACUCAAUCGGGCCAUGAAGGGCCACGGUACGAGGGAUCACACUCUGAUCCGGAUCCUGGUGAGCCGCUCCGAGGUCGACCUGCAGAAGGUCGUAGAGGAGUACCGGGCAAUGUUUGACAGAACCCUCCAUGAGGACAUCGUGAACGACACCAAAGGACAUUAUCAGAAAGUCCUGCUGGCUUUGUGCGGACCGUACUGAAAACUUGAAGACCUGAAAACCUGAAAACCUGAAGACCUGAAGACCUGAAGACCUGAAGACCUGAAGACCUGAAAACCUGAAGACCUGAAGACCUGAAGACCUGAAAACCUGAAGACCUGAAAACCUGUAAACCUGAAGACCUGAAGACCUGAAAACCUGAAGACCUGAAGACCUGAAAACCUGAAGACCUGAACACCUGAAAACCUGAAG